AUGCCCACUCUCCCUCCCUACGCAGUAUCCGAAUCAAUCCGCCACAACAAAUCAAAAUACGCCCGCGCAGUCGACACAAAACAAUGGGCCUUGUUCGCCUCCGUCCUGCACCCCUCGCUAACCGCCUCCCUGCACAACACUGAUGGAUCGACAAACAGUUUCUCAAGUCGCGACGAAUACGUCGAGUUUCUGGACAAGGCGUUUGCGGAUAUAGCCUCUAUUCAUGUUGUUGGUGCGGGGGAGUUGGGAAUGCUUCAUAAUGAGGAUAAAAAUGGGGAGGAUGAGGUGGCUGCUACCUGGGCCAUGUCGUAUCAGUUGGGGAGCGCGGAGGGUGCUAGAGGGUAUACGGAGAUUGGAGGUGGACAUUAUCAUGAGGUUUGGAAGAGGCUUGAUGGGCGGUGGGUUAUAGCCAGCUUGAAGCUUGUCAAUAGCUUUCGGAAGGUUCUUUGA